AUGAGUUGUUUCGAGAAUAUGACUAUGCCUAGUUGCGUGUGGUUUGAAAGCGGAGAGAAGCGCAAUAUCGUGGCAUCUAUAAUAUCAGGACUUUUGUUCUUUACAGGAUGGUGGUUUAUCAUAGAUGCUGCGACAGUGUACCCUGGGAACCUGCCUAAUGCAUCUCAUGUGUGUGGUGUUAUGGCUACCCUGUCACUCAUCAUGGUCAACUCCGUGUCAAAUGCACAGGUGCGCGGUGAGACAUACACAGGAGGUUGCAUGGGGCCCCGCGGUGCCCGUCUCUGGCUCUUUCUUGGCUUUGUCGUCGGCUUCGCGUCCCUCAUUGCUGCCUGCUGGAUACUGUUUGCGAACUAUGUUAAUGCUGGAAGCACCAAGUCAGCAUGGCCCGGUGUGAGCCUGUUCAUGCAGAACGCCUUCAUUUUUGCCGGUUCACUUGUAUUUAAGUUCGGUCGCACUGAGGACUUGUGGGGAUAG